AAAUGUUUAUAAGGGAAUGGCUUGGCUAAGCACUGCUCAAUACAUUGCUUCUUACUCGUGCAGUAAGUAUUGCAAGCGACGGAUGGUGAUGAUGGGUUUCUCUAAACUAAUCGGAUUAAUAGCGGUGAUUGGUUUCGCCAGCGCUCACCCUAAUGGAUUCCAACCGAACAACUACCCCCAGAACCAGGUGAAUGCCUGGCAGCAGGCAUGCCGUAAUUUCCAGCAACAGCAACUACACACCCAGAUUGCGCAGAAUCAGUUCUUUGCGCAGACAUUCCCGCAAAUUGGCCUACCGCCACUUCCGUUUAUGGACAUCUGUGGCCAGUUCGGAGGGGGUGGCUUUGCCCAAAGUGGUGCCAGUGCUGGGGCUAGUUCUUUCUCCGGUGGUGUUGAUGGAGGACUGGGCAACCGUUUCGGAGGUUCCGGCGGCGGCGGUGGUGGUGUCCAUGGUGUUAGCGUAAGCUCCGGGUCACUUCCCAACGGACAAUCGGGAACAUCGGUGACACACUUUGGUCCAGGAGGCGCUAGCACCACACAUUAUGGACAGGGAAGCGGAGGCGGUUUUUCCACGGACAAUAGAUUUGGAGGCGGAAAUGAUGGCGGUAAUCAUGCAGGUGCCAGUUUUAGUUCCUUCAGUAGUAGCCCGGGCAAUGGUGGUUACGCGACGGCCAAUCGGUUCGGUGGAAGCAGUGGUGGUUCGGGAGUAGGAGUCAGUUCGUUUGGGGCUUCGUCAACUUCAGGAAAUGGAGGAUACGCCACUGCAAAUCGAUUUGGAGGUAAUGGAGGUAGUGGUUAUUCUGGAGUAGGUGCAAGUUCAUAUGGUGGAAACGGAGGAAGUUUUGCCACGGCUAGUCGUUUCGGUGGUUCAGAUGGAGGGCAGACCUAUAGCACUCAUGGACAACAUGGCGCAGGAAUCAGUGUUUCCAGCGUUAACGAUGGGCACGGAAAUGUACACACUCAGGUGCACAAGCAGCAAUACUAGAUGGACACGUAGAACUUAUAUCGUUUAACUGCGAAGAAAACGGUUAAGCAAAUAAAUAUGUUGUUUUAGUUACCUGGAAA